CGCCACCGACGGCUCACCAGUGCAUUAAGGGAUGUCGGAAGGGUGCGAACCGGACCCGCAGACAAGAACAAAAAAACAAGUUUCAAAUCUUUCAAACCUUUCGCGUGUAACGUACCGCGCUUUCGCUGUGCUACGGGACUGACCACUAGGUUCUGGUACGCUUUUUGUGGUGUGCAAAAAGAGAUUUUUGCUGUUGUUCCUUCGUAGUUCGGGAAGAUCUCUCACGGGAAGACUGUUUUGCGGAUCGCAGCACCGGCGGUGGUGGUGAUCGAGAUCGUGACUUUGAUUUGUUCUAAAGUACCAUUAGCGUCAACAAGGACAAAGCUACAACAAAAAAACGAAACGCAGCUCACCCAAAAACAAACCUUAAUCGGUUUUAAUUAAAUUAGGAAAAAGCUGUGCUUGCCUGUGGCCGGUUGGCGCGGCUCGGUAAGCUUUCCGAUACGGUUCGCGUGGCGCCGUGACGAGGCCGCGGCGCUGAUUGUACAUGUGACACGCAUCUUUUUGUGCAUAUAAUCCCACUUAGAAGUAUCCGUGUACCCGUAUAUAUACAUGUGUGUAUGAUUGUGUGUGUAUGUGUCCGUGUAAGUGUGUCAUUUAGUGUAGCGGAACGGCAAAUAUUAGUACCCCAAUCCCCUUCCGCCCCAAACCGGUGGGAUUGCUUGUUUGGCAGCAGCAAAAUAGGCAAACAAACAAACAUCCCGCGUUUUCCUGUACAGUGCGUGGUGCUUAAACGGCAUCGUGUCUAGUAGUUACUUUUGUGCUGGCUUAGCUCACAAACCCAACAAGCAAGAACACGAACUACACUCGCGACUUUGCAAGCGUAAGUUGGCCCCGCAGAGCGUGUGCAGAUGGGACGAGUGAAGGCUCCUGAGAUUUGGUGCCGUAGUUUUGAUUGAUUCGUGAGCUCGUGAAACAAAAACACAAGCCGUGCUUCAAGCAGGAUCAAACGCAAAAGCCUGCGACGGUUCGUUAGUGUAACUAGCUUUAAAGUUUAAAAAGAAAAAGAAAAAGGUGUGAAAGCAAAUCAAACACAAGUUGAAAGGUAAGCGGCGUUGCAAAGAGCGUAAGUACGAAACUAAAACAAAGCAUCUCGGGAGCGGGAAGCGGGAAUAGCAAAGGAAAAGAAAGUAAUGGUAGAAGAAAUUUCCUUCACUAAAGCGUGCCUUGAGUGUUGAAUACAGAAGCGAAAGGAAAGCGAAGUGCGAAGUGGGAAGUGUAACGUUAAAGUGAAAUAAAAAAAUAGUAGCAAAAGUUGAUGCAUAAAUUGAAUUCGUUCGAUGUAAGCGGGUGCAGAGCGAUUGUGUGUGUGUGUGUGUGUGUAAGUAAAGCGAAGGAAGAAAAUUCAUUCAAAGAAGCAAAGGUGAAAAUUGUGUAAACGAGCGACACACUAGAUCGCACCUCCAAGCCCCGUUCGCGCGGAAGUGAAACCCGCGUUCGUGUCCGUGGUUUGUUUGUGCUGUCGGGUGUCGGAGUGAGAUUUUUUCUUUCUUUUUUCCCCGACUCCAAUCGGAAAGUGUGCUGUGUCCGUGUAUGUCGAGUAAGAAUCUGUGAGUGUUUGUGUGUGUGUGUUCUGCGUGGACCUCCAGCUGCAUCGUUGGUUAGAUAGCUUGCCGCUUCUACCUUCAACACGUUAUCCUGACACCCAGCCCGGCACCGGAAAUGGCAUCCAGUCGACGACCGGUGCAAACGAUGGCGCUGGUGGUGUUCGUGAUUGCAUCGCUCCUGGCGACCAGUUGCACAGCCGACGAAUCCGUUACAGCAAUCGUGUCUGAAUGCCUGAUGCCUGAAUGCGCUUGAUCGAAAUGAUAAAUCGUUUGUACGCCGGGGUUUUCGCACAAAAACAAACAUUCCUGGGACCAAGCAAGCAUUUUGGUAUGGUUAUCGUGAUGGAAUAUGUUACUUACUGAGGGGCAAAGGAAAUAAAGUCACGUAAGGACGGCGGAUGGUGUGUUUGUGUGUGUCAGUGACACAAACGACGGAAGCGUUCGACAGGAAAGUUAUUAAACGAUAAGACAUGUAAUUACUCACGCACUUAACCGACACUGACCGUUUGGUGGACGAGAAAAGCAGAUCUUGUAAGAUCUCGCAACACGUUGCCAAAGCGUGCAGUGUCCGACGAGCUGCCCACCGGACAGCUACCUGCAGAGCCCGCUCGAUCUCGGUUACGCCGACGAGUACGAUGAGUCCGACUCGAAUGAGCGCGAAAAGCGCGCGAUCGCCAUGAACACCAAUGCGCACGGGCCGAUCAAGAUCAUCCCGAGUGCGCUGCAGUUCCCGUACGCCAACAGUGUCCAGCGGCUCCAUCGGCAUCUGGCCAAGCGAGACACGAUCGAAUCGCCCUCCGCCGCCCAAACCGACUACGCCGAGCUGCAGCAACUCUGCUGCCCACGGUGCACCUGUCUGCCCUGCCCGGAGCAACCGGUCUGUCCGCCCGACACCAAGCCACUGAUCCUGGACCAGCAGGAACUCCAGCACGGUCAGCCGGGCAACUGCUGCCCGGCCGUACACUGUCAGCCCGAACCGGUCAUGUGCUUCUCGAGCACUCAUCGCACCUCCUACCCGACCAAUGCCACCUGGCAGGAGGAUGCGUGCACCGUUUGCCGGUGCGAGGCCGGCGAGCCCAAGUGUCAGACUUCGCUCUGCAAACCACUGAACUGCGAGCACAAGCUGGAGCUGCCCAACGUGUGCUGCCCGGUGUGCGAUCCGGCCAAGUCCAUCUUCUGCGAGGAGCACAACUGUGCGAUCUGGUGCAAGUACGGGUACGAACGGCGCACCGAUGGCUGUGCGCUGUGCAAGUGUCUCACGUCGCCGCUGCCUGCAGCGCCGAUCGAGGUGAUAGUCGCGAAUACUACCGCCAGGACGAGCCAGGACGAGGCGAGCCUCACGGUCGACGGUCACGCUGGGGACGCUUUGCAGGACGGCAAACAGGAAACGGCGGACCGGAAGGAUGGUUGGUUCAAUGAUUUGCGCAUUGUGUUGCUGCUGGCGGGUGCCGUGCUGCUGCUGCUCGUCAUUGUUACCCUCCUCUAUCGACAGCUCACCAUCGAGAGCGUGAAGAAGUGGCUCAAGCUGCUGUUCCGCUGCAACCAGCUGCCGCAGCGCAAAACGGCCUACAACCGGGUGUCCAGUACGGCGCCACCGAUCGCGCCUACUCCUCCGACCGCGAAUGACAGCAGUAUGGCCUAAAGUAAAGUUUUGUUUUAUUUUUUGACCGAUAGGCAGCAUAUUGCUCCUCUUCCUUUUCCCAUUUGAUUGAGUUUCGAGAUUUAGUUAUGUAGCUUUAAAUUUUCUUCUUUGUUCGAAUUUUUGUUCGACCUACAAAAGGUCACUCUAACUGUCACUUUGUUCUUCAGUAUCGUUCUACGAAACGAUAUUGAUUGAUGAGAGAGAGUUAUGAUUCACUUUAAUCUACAUGUUUCUACAUCAAGAAUGAUGCGCCUUUGAAGGCUCGCUAUUUCUUCUAUUUAAUAUUAUUUCUACCUUUCAAUCGACACGUUCUUUCUGUCCGUGAUCAGUGACCUGUGAUCCUGAUCGCACAAGAGCACGGAAAACGAUUUAGAACACUAAAUAAUCUACCAACCAUAAUUUGUGAUAGUAAUUAAAGUAUGAGAAAAACGUUAAAUUGAUACAAAUGAAAGCAAGCAAAAACAAAACACAAAAAAAAGUGAAACGAAAGUAUCGGAAAGCCAACGAGCAAACGAGCAAUGAGAUGGGCAAACGAAAAGAAGAAGAAGAAGAAGAAGAAGAAGAAAGAGAAGGAAGACGAAGAAGAAAAAAGAGGAAGAAGAAGAAGAAGAAGAAAAAAAGCAAACUAAAAACUAUAUACAACAAUGCAAACAGAGCUAAUCCACACAAAAAAUGGGAUGAGUUUGAUCUCUACCGAAACUAGUUAAGAAGACGGAUUGGCUGAUUGGAGAAAGCGAAAGCUAUAUGUUUGACGAUGAUAAUGAUAUUUCAAGUGAAAAAAAGGAAAACAAAUGCGCGGAACGGCUGCGCAAACCGUCAAGCGUGUUGUCGUUGUCAGGCGCGUGAAGUUGUGUUAAUCUUAAUACUAUACAAAACGUAAAACAAAUACGUAUAUUCUUACGUUAAAUAUGCUCUUAGAGGUUUAAUUCUAUAUAUUUAUUUACAUACUGCAUACUGAAUUGGAAAAAGCAAACCCUCCCUCCCUCCCGCGACACGAGUAAACGAACCCUAAGGAAGUUGAUGCGACAAAACAAAAAAGCAAAGUAGUAUGGCAGUUAGAAAGACGAGACUCCUGAUACUAAUGAUAGUGUUGCAAAUGAUAAUGUUUUUUAUUUUUCUUUUACUGCAUAAAAACUGUAAUCGAACGAUUGAGCUGAAUUGUGAUGAACGUGUUUUUGUUCUUUCUUUCGCCAUUUUGAUGCUUGUGUUAAGCUUCCGAAAUCCGAAUUUCACGUGUUUCUACAUGCCAUUGUCUGCUGAGAAAGGCACGAGUGGGGUUUUUUUCGGUGAAAUCACUAGGUAUUAUUGAAAGACUUGGCAACGAGAAAGAAUGCCAGCUGCUGUUUGUUUUUUGAUACAAUUAGUAUUGUUUUUUCUUUAUUAGAAAGAAAAGCUUACGAAGAGUUUGAUUUUGUCUUUCAAAUACACUUUACAUUUCAGUUGCAAAUUAUAGCAAAAACUGAAUAAAAAAUAAAGGUGUACAGUACAGUUUCGUACUUGUGACUGCUGGACAACUGGGACGAUCGGCUUCCGUUCUGAAGGAGGCAAAUGAAUCGUCACAGAGCAGCGUACGAUGUAAAGUCGUUACAAUUUCAAGCAUAAUUGUAUAGACAAAAAGGAUAAUGGAUGAGAAAAAGAGAGCGAGCAGAAAAGUGACAGAUGACAGUGUAAUAUAUUGUGGUCAUUUAGAACGUACACAUACACACACACAACAAGAAUGGGAAAGAAAGGUUAAUCAUUGCUGCUAAAAUGAUAUGAUAAAAACACAAACAAUCGAUGCUUCCAACAAAACAAAAAAAAAACAGAAAACAAAGCGCAACAGUACCAUUGAACUGAAAAUCUAUCCAAAAUUAUAAUACAUAAAUACAAAAAUCAAUAGAAACAAUGAAGAAAAGUAUAGCAAAAAACCAGGAACCAGACGAUCGUAGGUGAGUGUAAGAAACAUACGACAGAAACAGUGCAAAAGUUCCUGCAGACCACACAGCUACACACUAAAGCGCAUUCUAAAUGUUCUAACAUUUCGACCAUCCCGUUUUAAGCUAAGCUUUCGAAGGUUUUAAGACAAGCUUUCCCAAAACUAUGCACAAACAUACAUACACACACACACAUACUAUCCUGUCACUGCAUAUCACUUCACACGCUAGGCAGAUCAUUUAUCAAACAAAAACAACCCGUACUGUCAUACAAAAACCGAUGAGAUGCUCCUCAUCGUCGCGGAACAGUUUGUGUAGGUAGUACGGAAAGAAUGGGAAACAAUUUAUCUAACACAUAUAUAUCUAACCCGAAAAACAAAUGCAUACUUGCUACCUAAAUGUUGUCGCUUGUGCUUUAUUACUCUGCAUAUCCCUUUCUACACGCACUUACAGCAGACUCGCCUCACACCCCUGUAUCAAUCAACCAUAUUCAUCGAACACUUUGCUUAGAAACAACCAAAACAUCGUCAAACUGCUCAAUGGCCAUAUUUUCAUCCCAUUCCUCACAUACUGUACAUGUAUUGGUACGCAAACUGCAGUCAAAAAACUGCAUUUACCACACACAUACAAACACAUAUGAAAAGGUAGUGGAGAAUGUGGAGUUGUAUAAAAGAGAGAGAGAGAGAGCUAGUUCAUUGCAAUAAAAUCCCAUCAAGCUGCUUACAUUAUUUACUAUCGUUUCAGCUAACAAUGCAAAAAAAGGAUUUGGUUCCUUACUUUCCAUCAUAUUCCCUCAAAUUAAUAGGGUCAGUAUUCUAUAAAAAAAAUCACACACACACACACUUUAAAAUACAGCUUAUGAUUAUCAAUUAUCACAUAUUAUCCCACCUUUGUUGUUAAACUUGUAUUAUCACUUUAAAAUUUCCCAUUACCAUAUAAUUUCAAACGCUCAUACUUGAUCGGUAAAUGUGCAUCGUUUUCCCCCAAACGAACCACCCCGUAAAGCCCCCGAAUACAAAAGGGGUAACAUACAAUAUAGCACAACGCUUGACAUGGAUGUAUAAAUGCAACAGCAAAUGCUUCAGGCUUCAAGUGUCAAGGCGAGAGAGACGUUAAAAUCCUUUUGUGAUUAAAAGGAGACAGUUAAAUAAAGAAACGCUAUCAAAUAUAUAACAAAAAAAACAGCAGACAGACAGAAGAAGAAACCAACACAAGAAAACAAAUCAAACCAAUCGCUAGUGAUGCUUUUCCAGAUCAAACAUCCUGCGCAAGCAGAAACGGGGGUGAUGAUGAUAUAGACAAAUUGGGGUUGGGAUGGGAAACCCAAUCCGCACGUUAGGAGAGAACAAUUCGCUAUUAAACAACAAAACCAAUGGUUUGCGAUGACAGAUGAUGAUUAUAUUAUUGUGAAUAGUUAUCGAGCAAGGCGAGAAGGAGAGAAGCAGGAAGGGAGGUUAUGUAAUUUGUAAAAAGGAAUACAAUAUACAGCUAGAAACGUAAGAAAUAUAUAAGCAUACGAAUUCGGAUGAAACCUAAGUAACGAAAACCGUCAA